AUGUCUUCGGUUUAACAUUAUUUGUUGAGAAAACAAAUCACUUUGAUUUAGCAUCCGAACAUCUUUAUGACUCAACACGACAUCGAUGAAUCUUAAUUAUACAGGGAUGGUAAGAUUGUGCCUUAUUAUGUUGUUGGGAAACCUGAGAUCAUUGAUAAGAGAUUGAACAAAUCACAACCAAUUGAAGAGAUUGUUCAACCUCAUCGCAAAAUCAAGCCAACAACAUAUAAGGAGUUUAAAAAUAAACAAUCCCAAUAGAUGAGUGUGGAAGAGGAGGCUGAUUUUAUUCAAAUUGACAUGGAACCAAGUUAAGUUGAAAAUGAAAUCCAAUAAAUUCUUAAUAGAAAGACCUAAUAACAAUACUUGCAUCUCAAAAAAUUGAGUAAGGCAGAUCAAGUUGCUGCUGUCAAAGAAAGUAGAAUCAUCAAGCAAUUUGAAACUCAACAAUAAAAAUGGCAACGAAGAGUAGUCUCCUCAGCCCAACAAUGCAAUAGACCAACUUCUUAAUCUAUUUACAAUUAAAUAUAAGUAGAACGAGAAAAAGUGGAAGACAGAAAGCUAUUGGACCUUAUACAAACAGAUGCAGAAAGAUAUGGCAAUAAAUUAUGGGAAAGAUAACUUAGAUCAAGAUCUGAUGCUGUAGAAUAACACAAAAAAAUCAAGGAGCAAGGACACGAGAUCAUUAAAAAUCCCAAUUGUCACGCCAUCUACAAGAGACCUAGGAGCAUUGCCUAGAGAUUUGAAGAAAGGAAAGAGAAGGUAAAUGAAGUUUAUAGUGUUGGCCCGUAAUUAGAUAAUCUUUAGGUAGAGGGAGAGAGUAAAUUAGUGAAGGAGACACAAAGUGUCUAAAAAAUGUUGGAUGAGCAGAAAAUCAAAGAACAGAAUGAAAAUUGUGGGAAAAGGAAAAAUCCAGCUAUUUUCAAGAAAAUUAUACCUACUGAUUAAGUUGGUGGUUCCAAUGAAAUUAUAUCACUUAACUAUGAUAAAUAAGUCUUGAGGUAAAAGGGAAAACUCGAUAUUUUUAAACAGUUCUUUUGA